CGUCCAACGAAGCGUUGUCAAAAGUGAAUGGCGGAUGCUACGAGAAGGCAACUAAGGGUUAAAAGUGAGCAGGAGACGGUGCAGCAGCAGCAGCAGCAGCAACAGCAGUCAGCCCGCCUGGGUGGAGUAAAAUGUUGACAUGAAGAGCCGCAAAUUAGCCCGACUGAACGGCUAUCACUUGCGGGGGCGGCCGUGCGUGAAAAGACCCACAAAAAAGGAGAGCGCCUAAAGUAGCCGCGGCGUGUCAAAGCCUUUGAAGUGAUAUAAAAAAGCUAACUGCUAACAUGAGCGAUGUUAGCGAAGAGUCGCUGCUGGAUUACUUUUACUCCACGGCGGGAAGCUCAGGCAGAGUCCGAAAUGCUGACAUAUUGAAGACUUUUAAGCCCUUUAUCGGACACAGUGACGCCCAGCUGCGUGCCAAAUACAGAGAAGAAUUCAAGCUCAUCAUUGAUCGAAUUGCUGUGGUCAAGUCAGAAAAUGGUGAGAAGUUCCUUUUCCUCAAGAAGAAAUACAGACAGCUGCUGCAAGCGCGGAGCACCAAAGACACACUCGACGUGCAAGACGAGGACAGCCAAGGACGCUCCAGCCCCGCCACAGCGCCGGCCAGCGAGCAGCACCGUGAACCUGAACCGAUGACGCACACGGAGCCAGACAACGCCGCUGAGUGGGAGUCGGAGCAAGACGACGAGUCAACAGGAAGUAUUGGCUCAGCUCCAGUCGCUUUGGACCCAAUAGAAAAAGAGUGGAUCUACUUUGCGGCUGGCGCUCGAGUUUUUGACCUCAGUCAGCUGCUACGACAAGACCCUUCACUUGCCAACAAGAAGACCGCUCUGCACUGGGCCGCCAAACACGGCAGCGAGGACAUGGCCACUCUGGUCGCCAACGCCGGCGCUGAUGUCAACACCAAAUCACAUGUGAGUAUCCUGGCAGGACGAGGCGGGUGCGCGCGCUUACAAACAAGCCGGCGUCUCCGCGACGUCAGGCUCCUCGCCGAACAUCCAGCUGUGCAAACGCGGGAGCACAGGCGCCGGGGGCUAAUAAAUCAUCACAUCAUGUCACGUUAAUUGUCUCCCAGAACAGUGCGUCUUAUGUCCCAGCAUGCACCGCUCUGUAAUUUUGUGCGAAUUACCAGGCAAUUAUGUUUUUACCCUUCUUUGGGGUUUCCACAAGCUUUUUCUAAUUUGUAUUUUCUUUCCUCGCUGUUUGCCUUGGCUGCCCGGGGGCCUGGGAAACUCCAGGGGGGUUACACGCCUUUGCACAUCGCCGCGCUGCACGGCCAUCGGAAGAUUCUCGACCUGCUGGUGGGGACUUACGGAGCCAAGGAGAACUUGAGGGACUACAGUGGCCAUCUUGCCUUCCACUACCUCCACCCUAAGGAAGUGAAGGAGUGUCCAGAGGAGGACUGCGAGCUGCCAGCGGAGUUUCAAGUGUCGCAGGCCAGAGAGCGCAACAGGAACAGGAAGCUGGCGUCGCUGUUCCACUCCAAGAAGAAGUGGGGCUCGGCCGAGGAGCUGGCGGCCAUCGAGGAGGAGAGGGCGGCGCCGCAACAGCUCGCCCUUCCCGCCUUCAGACCCAGGAAGUUUUCUCGCUGAAUACGGGCGCUCGCCGAGAUCCGCAAGUUCACUUCCGCUUUUACAAUUUGGCUCGCCGACGCCGCCAACACAAUACGUAUCCUCAAUAUGUGACCGUAUCAGUAUUUACGCUAGGAUCAUUUACAGGUUUAAAGGUGAUCUUGUGGUUUUGUUUACGCGUCGACCGCCUUUUAAAAAAAAAUACAAAAUUAGCUUUAAGUGACCAAAGCUACAUUACUACCUAAACAAAAAAAGGAUGAAUGCUUUAUUAGUGUAGUUUGAAGUAACUGCAGAACCACUACUUUCUUAGCAGGGACUCAUUGAAAUGUAAUCAUUUCAAACCUUUUUUCGCUUUUUUUGUUUGUAUGCGCUUUGGACGCCAGCAAAGUUUACUUGCUUAAGUGAGCUGUUUUAGUCAGAGUAUGUUUUCUUGCUGCAAAAAAACACUAGUGACUAGGGAUGAUGUUUGUCAAGAAAUUAUAGAUUUCCAUGCCAUUAUCGAUUCCUCUUAUCGAACCGAUUCCUUAUCGAUUCUCUUAUGGAAUCCAGAUACCGUAUUUUUCGGAGUACAAGUCGCUCCGGAGUAUAAGUCGCACCGGUCGAAAAUGCAUAAUAAAGAAGGAAAAAAACAUAUAUAAGUCGCAUUUUUGGGGGAAAUUUAUUUGAUAAAACCCAACACCAAGAAUAGACAUUUGAAAGGGAAAUUUUAAAUGAAUAAAGAAUAGUGAACAACAGGCUGAAUACAGUAUUUUUCUGACUAUAAGUCGCAGUUUUUUCCAUAGUUUUGCCGGGGGUGCGACUUAUACUCAGGAGCGACUUAUGUGUGAAAUUAUUAACACAUUAGCGUAAAAUAUCAAAUAAUAUUAUUUAGCUCAUUCACGUAAGAGACUAAACGUAUAAGAUUUCAUGGGAUUUAGCGAUUAGGAG